AUGAAGCUCUCUGCCGUCAUCUCUCUCUUGAUCUCCGGCGUAACCAUCGCUUCGGCUCUGCCAUCCAUUCCAGAGACCGCUGACUGUGUCAAGCCUUACUUGUGCUGUGGCGAACUCAAAACACCUCUUGACUCUACUGUUGACCCCAUUCUGAAAGAUUUGGGAAUCAAUGCUGCAAGCCUUGCCACGCCUGGGAUCAAACUUGUGAAUCUGGGCCGAAGUGCUGCACUGAAGCCAACCUCCUCGGAUCAACCCAUUAUUAUAGACAGUAAGACUAACUUAAAAAACUCAUCGAUGAUAAUCGCCACAUCAGGUCUGAUACCCCCCAAGAUUCUAUCGUUUCCGAAUAGCUACGGCAAAUCUAAGUUCAAUGCACCCCACCAUACCAACCCAUCACUGAAACGCCUAAGCAUAUACCCAUUCAAAGCAAAGGGGGAUGCACCUUAUUCCGUUGCCGAAGAUAUCCUCCGGGCCGCCAUUCACAUUCCCAAAUCAUUCUCUUGUGACAAGAACAAGAAAAUACCGGUGCUCCUAGUUCCUGGGACUGCCGUUCCCGCAGCUAUGACUUUCUAUUACAACUUUGGCAAAUUAGGACGUGCCUUACCUGAAACUGAUAUAGUUUGGGUCAAUAUACCCCGGGCCUCGUUGGACGACAUUCAAUCAAAUGCAGAAUAUGUCGCUUAUGCACUCAACUAUAUCUCCGCUCUGUGCCUAACUAAGGCAGCCGUUAUUUCUUGGUCUCAAGGCGCACUGAACAUUCAGUGGGCCCUGAAAUACUGGCCGUCUACCCGAGACGUAGUGAGCGACUUCAUUGCUAUCAGUCCUGAUUUCCAUGGAACCAUGGUAAGGUGGCUCGUAUGCCCAUUCCUGCACCUGGUAGCCUGCACCCCAUCGAUUUGGCAGCAAGGGUGGGAUGCGAAGUUCAUCCAGGUCUUGCGGAGCAGAGGGGGAGACUCGGCGUACGUCCCCACGACCACCAUCUACUCGUCGUUCGACCAGGUCGUGAAGCCUAUGAGUGGUGGUGAUGCAUCCGCUAUCCUUUCGGAUCAAAGGGGUGUGGGGGUGUCUAAUAACCAUUUACAGACUAUCUGUGCGAACCAGGCUGCUGGUGGUGUUUAUACGCAUGAAGGCGUGUUGUACAACCCGCUGGCAUGGGCUCUCGCUGCUGACGCACUCCGUCACGAUGGACCUGGCAAUAUCACGCGUAUCGAUACCCGAAAGCUCCCGGAGAUCAGAGCGUUGAAAUUCAAUAUUGCCUACUUUGACCGCGAAUCCAUUCUUAUUUGGGCUGGGUCGUGCCUAUUUGAUAACCGCAAUAUCUUUGAUUUCACGGUGGUACCUACAAUUGAUGGCGGUUCUCAUUCAUCCUGCAGCGGAUAUCAGGAUAGUGGCAAGGACAAAAGGGAUCGGAAAGCUGUUUCUGUCACCAAUGACCUUGGGGCGUUCAACAUGCAUGAAUUCAACAUUCUCAAUGGCGGAAAGACGGCUUUGGCUUGCUCAUAUCGAAACAAGUACAAGAAUCUGGGGAAUCUUGGCCGUCCCAAUGAAUACGGCUGGGUUGUCUCAGGUGGUUUCGUUGAAAUGGAUACGAUUACUGGUAAGGUGCUCUAUGAUUGGGAUUCCGAGGGCUGUAUUCCUAUCCAUGAAUCUGUGAAAGUGGGCCCAUCGACGCCAGCCUCUGGGGAGCCUGAACGCUGCUGGAACUAUAUACUAUCGGCUCGGUUCACGAACACUAUUUAUCUAAUUUCCGGACAGGAUGGACAUAUCGUCUGGCGGCUUGGUGGGGAAAACUCCGAUUUUGCUCAAGACUUCACAUUCUCCAAGCAGCACCAUGUUCGCUUUCUUGAACAGGGAGAACUCACCUCCGCUGCUCUCAUCGUGCAGCUCCACACCAGUGUUUUCCCCAUGACCGCGAAAGCCAUUGCACGUUACAACCGCCCUGAUGGAGUCCUUACGCGGCUGCGCGGAAGCGUCCAGAAACUGCCCAUUGGAGAGGUCUUUCAUUCUCCCGAGGGCAAGGUCCUUAUGCAAGCUAGCUUUGCUUCCUUGCGCUUUUCUACCUACCGGUCGUACAAAUUUGACUUUACGGGUCAGCUUAGCACACCGCCGGACGUGGUCUCGUCUGUCUAUGGGACGGAUGAAACCGAGCUCACCUCCAUUUUUCACGGAACGUUAUCUAGACUAGGUAUCGUGGAAGCAAUGGAUAAGGAUGGAAACGUCCUUGGCACCUUUGACGUUCGACGCACUGAAACCCUAAAUAACUGGCGACUGGCCGGGUUCCAAGGCGAUGUCAAGCCAACGCCACACGACCGUUCGAUAAUUUAUGGGGAUAAAGCCGUCGCUGAUGACGCUGAUGAUGUCGAAGAAACUUAUCUCAGGGCUGAAGAGCUCAUUCAUGGGGUCGGAGGCCUUCUGAUCUUUGUUUUGGUGCUAUGCUCUACAGGCGGGACCCUGGCGGGCGUGUACUUGCAUUUCUGGCGCCGUAGUAUGCAGGCAUACAACGAACUUGCGUCCGAGGAGGGUGAGCCGUUGAAUGAGCGGUCUAUCUGA